CUUCGGUAAUGCCUCGGCAUUUCCUCACCCCUCUCCUUCUCCAACCGCCUUCCUCAAAUAAAAGAGAGAGAGAGAGAGCAUGACAAAACCCUCUUCCUUAUAGUCUCUCUCUCUCUCUCUCUGCCCCCCCUCUUCAAUACCCUUUCAUCUGGUGCAAGGCAAGACAGGAUAGGUGAGCUCUCCAAAGGCUUGGAGCCUUUGACGGAAAUGAAGUCCAAAGGCCCAUUUCUGGCGUUAUGCUUCCUCGUGCCUCUCCUCUGUCUUUCAGAUGCAUAUGAUCCGAUGGACCCCAAUGGCAACAUCACGAUCAAGUGGGACAUCAACUCAAUCGAGGAUGCAACGUAUAAUGUCAUUGUAAGUAUAUACAAUUACCAGCUUUAUCGCCAUGUUGAGAGUCCUGGUUGGAGGUUGAGCUGGACGUGGCCCAAAGAUGAAGUGAUUUGGGACCUGAGAGGUGCAGAGGCCACUGAGCAAGGGAACUGCUCUAGAUUCAGAGGAUCUCUUCCACACUGCUGUGACAAAACUCCAGUCAUCGUCGACUUGGCUCUUGGAGCUCCAUACAACAUGCAAUAUAAGAAUUGCUGCAGGGGAGGUGUCCUAUCAUCCACUACUCAGGAUCCAACUAAAUUUAUGUCCUCUUUCCAAAUGAGCGUGGGGGGUGUCUUGGAUCUCCGCAAAGUUACAAAGGCGAUCCCAUCAAAUUUCAGUCUUGGCCUUCCCGGAUAUACAUGCAGCAAUGCCACUGUUGUUGCACCUAGCAAGGUCCGAGUAGAUAGCCAACGAAGCAUCCAAUAUCUAAUGACUUGGGAAGUGACCUGUUCUUAUUCCCAGUUCAGGGAGUCAGUUACACCCAGUUGUUGUGUUUCUCUGUCCACCUUCUAUAACAGUACUAUAGUCUCAUGUCCUCUUUGUAGCUGUGGCUGCCAAAAUUCACCAACAACUUCAGAAUGUUUCAGAAAUGGUCAGCAACCUGAUCUGUUGCAGUUACCGAAUGAUGAUGAUGAAGGAACAUCGCCUUUUGUGUUGUGCACACAGCAUAUGUGCCCAAUUCGAGUGCACUGGCAUUUGAAAGUGAGUUACAAGGAGUAUUGGAGGGUUAAGGUGACAAUCACCAACUUCAGCAUACUGAAGAACUACACUGAUUGGAAUUUGGUGAUACAGCAUCCAAACCUUCAGAGCAUCACACAAGUGUUCAGCUUCAACUACAAUCCUCUUAUUCAGUAUGGUGAUAUCAAUGACACGGGGAUGUUCUGGGGUAUCAAGAAUUACAAUGACAUGCUGCUGCAAUAUGGAGAAAAUGGCAACGUCCAGACUGAGAUGCUGUUGCACAAGGACCCUGGUGAUUUCACUUUCAAGGGAGGCUGGGCUUUGCCAAGGAAAAUAGUAUUCAAUGGGCAUGACUGCGUCAUGCCACCCCCAGACAUGUACCCAUCGCUGCCUAACAGCAGCCCAGCUGCGCCAGCUUUAGUUCGCCAUCUCUGCCAUGGACUGUCACCUUUACUAUUGUUUGUUUUGUUGCUAUUCGUAUAGAUAGCAGUCGGUCUUAUUGGCAGGGUGAUUUAGAUCAAUCAAUCCUUACGGCAAAGGAUGCUUAUCUACAGUCCAAUUCUUGGGAUAUUCAGUGGAUGAGUCACCCUUCGGGACAAGCCGCCUUCAUGCAAGGUUCCCCAAGCACUGGUUAGGGGUGGCAAUCCCAUCGUGUCGAAG